UUGUUUUGAAAAAGAAUUCGACAAAAUUAUUGAUAAAACAUAAUGGCUUUGCCUCCAGAGAAGAUCCAAGAGUUAAAACAGUURAUUCACAACCACAUGUCCCAUGCCAGCGUGCAUUCGAGGAUAAAAAGUUGUGUUGAGGAGUCGUUUACUGGCGAAGACCAAGACAUUGACGAACGAUUUUUACUCCAAGCUUUGAAAGAUAGGGGAAUUGUUGAUGAGGUGAUGAAAUCGUUGCAUUUUGAGGGGUUAGAAAGACAMGAUAAAAAGAAGGUUAGGUCACCGAAASAGAGGAAAAUCGUAGAAGAAGAAGAGCCCUUGAGAGUUGGCAUUGAUCCCACCAAAAGAUACUUAUAUCURCAAGUCAUUGGAGGCAAGGCUUUCCUGGAACACUUGCAGGAUCCUGAGCCAAUACCUGGCAGAGUCACGUCAACUUUUACACUUCACAUUCACUUUAGAGGACAGAGGUUUMGGUCCAGGGCUGUACCUUGUGCAUGUGAACCAGAUAUAUCAGAAGGAUUCCUUCUCGAACUUCAGAAAGAUCAGCUUCCAAAUAAAAUGUCUGACACACCAUCGCUUCUGUCAAUGUCAGAUGCUAUUCACAUUGUAUUGAUCAAAACAGACCCUUCCGGUGACACAACAUUGGUUGGAUCACAUUAUCUUCAGUGGCGUAAUGUUCUUUUCUCUAAGUCGGGAAGAUUGUCUUGUCCUUUGGAGCUCAAUGGUGUUGGAACAGAGUCCAAAGUUCCAGUUGGUGUACUUGACAUAAAGUUUGAAAUGAUUCCAAGGUUGACACAGAUUUUGACUCAAGAAGUUGUGAAUGCCCAGAUUAGUCUAGAACACAACAGGAUAGCAGAGCGUGAGCGCUUGUUCCUGGUUUAUGCCAAGCAGUGGUGGAGAGAGUACCUUCAAAUUCGGCCAUCGCAUUCUAAUCGUUUGGUAAAGAUAUUUGCACAGGAUGAGUGUGCUAUUAACAGACCUGUAUGCUCGUUUGUGAGACCACUAAGAGCUGGAAGACUGCUUGAUAGUCCUCGUCAGGCUGCACGUUUUGUUAGUCUUCUUGGUUAUGAAAGCACUCCAUCUCUUGGUGGUGGAAGAGCUGAGAUGUGGAGCUCCUUGCAUGCUUUUUUGUGCAAGGGUAAAGGGGACUGUGAAGACCAUGCCAUCUUGUUAUGCAGUCUACUCAUUGGAUUUGGUCUUAAUGCGUAUGUUUGUGUUGGUACCAAAGCUAAAGGAGCAAUGCAUACUUGGGUUGUUACCAUCAGUCCUGAUAGCAAUGUUACAUUCUGGGAAAGCCUCACUGCACAUAGAUAUAAUCACCAUCCUAUAAACCCAGACAAUCCUCCAUUAGACAAGCAAACUAGACCAUCUCAUCCUUACAGARCGGUUGGCUGUGUGUUUAACCAUCAGGAAUUCUAUGCAAAUACACAGCCAACAGAUACGGUAGAGUGCUGUCAGUUUGAGCUACAAAAUGAAUCUUUGUGGAAGUCAAUGAGUGAAGAUGCAAUCAAGUCAAUCUGUGGAACAAGAAUUUUGCCACCAAUACCAACAUUUCCUCCUCUGUUCCCUCCAACAAUUGACGCUGCUGUUGUUAGUAAUGACAUGGAGCAUGAACUAAGGGCACUUACUGCUGACCACCGAAGGGAUCUUGGAUUGAGUACCACAUGGGAUGAUGAACUGUGCUAUAUUCUGACCCCAGCUCUGGCUGCCUAUGAGCUUGAGCACACCACAGGUGUUACUGUCGGCAAUGAAGAAUUCCAGCAAGCUAUUCGACGCGCAAUACCAGAUGGUCAUACCUUUAAAGGAUUUCCGAUUCAAUUUGUACAUCGUAACGCCCGUAGAGCUUUUGCUUCGUGCUUAAGGUCACCGGCAUGUGAAGAGAUACUGAGUUGUCGUGGAGAUCAUGUCCGACUCGCCGUUAGGGUCAGGGUUUUUACCUAUGCGGAAAGUGCGUGUGCUACAUGGAUAAUGUUCGCCAUCAAGUACAAGUCUGUAUUAUAACAAAUAAUUAUCACAUUUAUAAAAUGCAUACAAGAAUUUUGUAAAAAUUGAAGAGUCAGGUGUUGUUCCAAAGAGGUGUCCCACCAGCCGAGGCUGUAGUAAGUCUCAGUAAUCUUCACCGUUGAAAACGUAUACAGUUAUUUCAGAAAACGUUAAAAACGGAAGAUUGUGCAUUCCAAAACCGUAGUGCCAUGUUCUUGGUCUUUCUGUCGCUGUUCUAAAGGYGUUUUCAUGGUUUUGGAUUGACUACACCAGCUCCGUAUAGUCAAGAACUUCAAUGGAAAGCAUUUUUUUAAUUUUUAUUUAAUUUUGUUGAUUUUUAAUUAAAAAAAAAUGGUUUCGCCAUUUUGUAACGCAACUGUGAUUAACUGUAAGCCUAAACGUUUACUGAAAUUUCUGUAUACAAUUUGUAAAUAAAAGCGUUAUCAUUUGA